CAUUCCUUUCAUUCUCCAUCUCAUUUUUUUUUCUCUCCUCUCAACCUUGCACUCUUCUCCUUUUUGCUCCCCACAUAUCUUCCUGUACAUAACACAGCUCAAUCAACAAUGGCUCCCCAGAAAGUCUACGUUAUCGGUGUCGGCAUGACCAAGUUCAUCAAGCCCAGAGAUCUGAGAGACUAUCCCGAUAUGGGUCGUGAGGCUGCUACCAAGGCCCUGUUAGAUGCUGGAAUCACCUAUGACAAAGUCCAGCAGGCUGCAGUUGGUUACUGCUAUGGUGACAGCACCUGUGGUCAACGUACCUUGUACCAGCUCGGAAUGCACCAGAUCCCCAUCAUCAAUGUCAACAACAACUGCUCGACCGGGUCAACUGCUCUCUUCCUUGCCCGCCAAGCAGUUGAGUAUGGUAUUGCAGACUGCACCAUGGCUCUAGGUUUCGAGAAGAUGGAGGCUGGUUCACUCGGAUCUAAAUUUGAGGAUCGUACCAACCCUCUGGACAAGACUGUGGAGAUGAUGAGCGAGACCCGUGGUAUUGGUGCUGGACCUUUCGCUGCUCAGAUCUUUGGCAAUGCCGGUAUCGAGUACUGCGAAAAAUACGGAGCCACUCCCCAGCACUUGGCAAAGAUUGCAGAAAAGAAUCAUCGCCACUCUGCCUUGAACCCAUACUCUCAGUUCCGUGACAUUUACACAUUGGAGCAAGUUGAAAAAUCCCCCAAAGUCUUUGGUCCUCUGACCAAACUCCAGUGCUGCCCUACCUCCGAUGGCUCCGCCUGUGUGAUCUUGGCUUCUGAAAAGUUUGUCAAGGAGCACAACUUGCAGGACCAGGCUGUUGAGAUGGUCGCUCAGACCAUGGCCACAGAUUCUCCCAAGCUCUUCAAUCAGUCCUCGAUUGAGUUGGCUGGUGCGGACAUGACCCGUCGCGCUGCUAAUGAGGUCUAUGCCAAGGCUGGAAUCAAGCCCACAGAUGUGCAGGUCGUUGAGUUGCACGACUGUUUCUCAGCCAACGAGCUGAUCACCUAUGACGCUCUCGGACUCUGCAAGCCUGGUGAGGCCCACAAGUUGAUCGAUUCGAACGAUGUCUCGUACGGCGGCAAGUACGUCGUCAACCCUUCAGGUGGAUUGAUCUCCAAGGGUCAUCCUUUGGGCGCCACUGGUUUGGCUCAGUGCUCAGAGUUGGUCUGGCAGCUCCGCGGCUGGUGCGAAGAGCGUCAGGUCCCCAACUGCAAAUACGCUCUUCAACAUAACGUCGGUCUCGGCGGAGCAGUUGUCGUCACGCUUUAUAAGAAGGCUGACUUGGGUUCCUCUCCAAAGUAUGUCGACUCCCGCAAGCGCGUUGGCUACAACCCUGCUACCGAGGCUCGUGAAGUUUCUGAGGAGGAGGUCGCAUCCGUCCGUGCAAAGCAAAGCUCUGAGUUCAUGGCUGCUCGUCUUUAA